CCGAACCUUUUUCGCGAAUUGACAGCGCCCAUGUUAGAAAUUUCGCCUAAAACACGGAAAAAAACUUACCAAUACUGCCCAAAAUAUCGGUAAAACUUUAAAAAGUAUUCAGAGAAGUAGAUUCUUAAUGGCUUCUUGUGCAAUAAGGCGAGAGGGAUGACAUUUGGCGACUUUUCGUAAACGCACGGUAGGCCAAACAAGGAGCGUUGUUGUCCAUUCAGCAUGGCGGCCACAGGAUUUGCACGCGGCUCUAAGCCUGCCGCCCGACCGGUGAGCACACUUGUCGAAGCUCAUUACUGGGCCCCCAUGCGCAAUUCCGUGCACCCCCCUCUUGGGCCUUGCUUGUGGCGCGAGAGAGUUGUUCGAUUGCAGAGAAAGACGGAACGCUGAGUCCCAUCAAACCAACAAAACUGCAAUGGAAAAGAGGAUCGAGCUAGAAUCGCGAAAUAAAUCUCCAGGCGAGAUAACCGAACUCAUUCUCGACAACUGCCGCUCUACAUCAAUAGUCGGCCUCACAGAUGAAUUCGUCAAGCUCGAAAUAUUAUCCAUGAUCAAUGUCGGCCUCACUACGCUCAAGAACUUCCCAAAGCUUCCAAACUUGCGAAAGCUCGAACUCAGCGAUAACAGAAUUUCAUCCGGGCUCCAGAAUCUCACAGGUUCUCCGAAACUAACGCAUCUAAGUCUAAGUGGGAAUAAAAUAAAGGAUUUGGAAACCCUCGAACCCUUGGAAAAGCUGAGCAACCUUAAAAGCCUAGAUCUGUUCAAUUGCGAAGUGACAAAUGUAGACGACUACAAGAAUAAAGUUUUCGAGUUGAUCCCUUCGCUCAGAUAUCUGGACGGCUGCGACAAAGAGGGCAACGAGGCCGAGGAAACAGAUUCUACUGGAGACGAAGAUGGCGAUGAAGAUGAAGAUGAGGUAGAUGAAGUUGAUGAUGAGGAAGAUGAUGAUGAUGACGACGAUGAUGAUGAUGAUGAUGAUGAGGAUGACGAUGAUGAGGAUGAUGAAGGUGAUGAAGAUGGGGUUUCGAGUGGGGAAGAGGGAGAGGAAGAUGAGGAAGUUGAAGGGGGUGAUGAAGAUGAGGAGGAUGAAGAGGAUGAUGAUGAAGAAGAAGAGGUUGGAUUAGCUUAUCUACAGAAAGAAAAUAUAGAGGAAGAGGAAGAGGGUGAAGAUUUUAAUCCAGGGGAGGAUGAGGAAGAUGAAGACUUUGAUGAUGAAGAUGAUGAGCUAAAUGAAGAACAGACCAGCAGAGGAGAAAAGAGAAAACGAGAGGAUGAUGGCGAUGACUAACAACAUUUGACAUCAUUAGUGUAGCAUACUUGUAAUGUACAGUGAACCCAACACACCACACAUGCCAGGAUUUGUAGGGGCUCCCAUCGCCUGGGGGUCCCCCCAAGUCCAAACAGGGGUUGACAUGGAACAAUUUUGUAAAGUCAGUGAAAAGUUGCCUGAACCAGACUGAAGAUAAAAAGGCUUAGGGAAUUUUAACCAUUAAUUCUAGCUCUCUCUUCAGCUAAGCACAUGUUCCAUUACAUUGCCUGAAGCAAAUUCUCCCUAAUGUGUAUAGAAGGUUUUGGGAAUUUGUUUCUAGUCGAAAAGUCAUGCCAAGUAGUAUGUCUUUCGUUCAUCUGCAGUCUUGCAGUUUUUUCUAGUGUCAAUGAUCUUAUUUUUGCUUUACCAGCUAUGUUCAUAAGGUCACACUACGUUUGUCAAUCUUGUUUGCUAGAUGGACUAUUUGUAAACUAAUAUUGUUGCUAAUUUAAGUCUGUAGUUUGGUUCAAGUAAAAGCAAUAAUGUUAGAUUGA